CCCGCCCCUCCCUCCAUCCCUCACCGGCUCCCCGGCUCCCGCCCCGCCCGCCCCGCCCGCCCGCCGCUCCGGGGGGGUCUCCGCCGCCGCCGCCGCCGGAAGGAGCCGCCAUUUGCCACCGCCGAGCGCACGGGCCGAGCCGAGCCGGAGCCGGGAACCUGAGCGGGACUGGGGCCAGCAGGACGGCGAUGGGGGGCGGCCCCGCCGCAGGAGGACUGGGGCGCGUAACCCCGGGGGCCCGGCCCGCUCCAGACCCGGACCCGUGGGGCGCGGCACCUUGAGGUCCCCCUCCCCGCCCCCUGCCCCGGCCAUGGCUGCCCGCCCCGCCGCCCCCGGGCCACCAGCCCUCUCGGCCCCGCAAGCCCCGGAACCCCGGCUGUGGCAGCAGUAAACGGCGCUCUCAGGCCCCGAAGACCCCGGCCGGGCUCGGCUCUCCAGCGCGCGCCCCCUUCCCGGCCUUGUCCUCUCCCUUCCCCCCCGCCGCCCUAGAGCCCCCCUUGCACGCCGCCUCCCGCCCCCCCGGCGCCCGGACGAUGCUCAAGUCUCGGCUCCGCAUGUUUCUGAACGAGCUGAAGCUGCUGGUGCUGACGGGCGGGGGGCGGCCCCGGGCCGAGCCGCAGCCCCGGGGGGGCGGGGGAGGCGGCUGCGGCUGGGCGCCCUUCGCCGGCUGCUCGACCCGGGACGGCGACGGCGACGAAGAGGAGUACUACGGGUCGGAGCCGCGGGCCCGGGGCCUGGCCGGCGACAAGGAGCCGCGGGCCGGACCCCCGCCGCCGCCCGCGCCGCCGCCGCCGCCUCCGGGCGCGCUGGACGCCCUGUCGCUCAGCAGCAGCCUGGACAGCGGGCUCCGAACCCCCCAGUGCCGAAUCUGCUUCCAGGGUCCGGAGCAGGGGGAGCUCCUGAGCCCCUGCCGCUGCGACGGCUCAGUGCGCUGCACACACCAGCCCUGCCUCAUCCGCUGGAUUAGUGAGAGGGGCUCCUGGAGCUGUGAGCUCUGCUACUUCAAAUACCAGGUCCUGGCGAUCAGCACCAAGAACCCGCUGCAGUGGCAGGCCAUCUCCCUGACGGUCAUCGAGAAGGUCCAGAUCGCAGCCAUAGUCCUGGGCUCGCUCUUCCUCGUCGCCAGCAUCUCCUGGCUCGUCUGGUCCUCACUCAGCCCUUCAGCCAAGUGGCAACGGCAGGAUCUGCUCUUUCAGAUCUGCUACGGCAUGUACGGCUUCAUGGAUGUCGUCUGCAUAGGCCUCAUCGUCCACGAAGGCUCCUCCGUCUACCGCAUCUUCAAGCGCUGGCAGGCAGUGAACCAGCAGUGGAAGGUCCUGAAUUAUGACAAGACCAAGGACAUAGGAGGAGAUGCAGGGGGAGGGACGGCAGGGAAGCCGGGCCCCAGGACCUCACGGACGGGCCCCCUCUCUGGGGCUACCAGCCGCCCCCCGGCUGCCCAGCGCAUGCGGACGCUCUUGCCUCAGCGCUGUGGUUACACAAUCCUGCACCUCCUUGGACAGCUGCGGCCACCAGAUGCCCGUUCCAGUUCCCAUUCUGGCCGAGAGGUUGUCAUGAGGGUCACCACGGUGUGAAACUGAACUCCAGGAGCAGGGAUCUUGAGUCGAUGCAUCGGCCAGAGAUAACCUUUCAUGGCUGCUGGAGGUACCACCUGGACAAGGUGUUUGGGGCACCCUGCCCCCACCACUGAGGAUCUCUGUGGGCAACCUCAAGCUGGAGACAUUGUCUGGCCUCUACUACCCACUGGGUAGAGACACCUGGAUGACAUUCCAGUCCCCACCGAUAGCUCCUCACACUCAUCCUGGGGCAGCCAGUGGGCAGGUGGGGAGAGCACCUUUUCUUCCCUAGAGAACCGUCCUUACCUCAGCUCCUAGGGCCUCCAGCCCCCCAGCUCCACCAUGGUGACUUGGUGAAGGGGGACCAAUGCCAGAAGAAAGGGGUUGUAGACCCCCCAUUCCCCACCCCAUGGCCACAGGGCAGCUGGCAAUAAGACUAGUAUACAUUGACCUCCCGUUCCCUGCAUGAGGGCGGGGGGACCUCCCCCUGCUCCACCCCCCAUUGCAUGGGGGGAGGGCAUAAAGAAUCAUUUAUAUGCACGUGGAGACUCCUUUCUCAUCUGGGGCUUUUCUGGAGGGUUGGGAGGUGUGGGGAGGUUUCUCUGCAGGGGUUGCAAAUCCCAAAUGCAGCAGUGGGUUCUGAGCUGGAGGUGUGACUCCCACUUGCUGGCGAAUAAUUCACAGUGGCUGCUAGGUGGCAGUGCUCAGAGGUAUCUAAGGGGUGGACCUGCCACCUGCAAGUUGUAUGAUUUAGAAGAAAAAAAAAAAUCUCUCCGCCGUGGUUUUCCUGUCUACCUCAUAGGGUUGGAAUGAGGAUAAAUGAGGGACAGGUUGAAUGCCAUUGCAAAGAAAAUUAGUGAUGGCGUAAAAAGAUUUCUAGACUAGUUGAUGGUCCAUUUAUUUCAAAUAGUAGCUGGUUAACAAAUUCCAGAAUGUGUUUUUUCAUCUGGAGUUGCACAGAGCCUUAGAAAUUUGUGUUGAGUAUCAUAAUAGAAAUGGAAAUAUGAGGGGAAAUGGAUAUUGCAAAUGUGAAGGAUGGUGGUUAUUUGCAAAAGUGAGAGCUCCUCCAACCCCCUAAACACGGGGCUGGGGAAGGAUGGAGCUAUCCUUCUUGCUCUGGGGAUCUUGUGGGUUCUAUUAGUCCUUCCCAGGUAAUGUGCGCACCCAGGGAAGUGGUGUGAAAUGAAUUUGGACUCAUUUGGAGUGAGACAGACAGAAUGUCCCCAUGUUAUGAAUCUCCAACCCCGGCUUAAGCUACUCCUAUGGCAGUUCAGGGUCACAGGUCUGAUCCUGUGCCCCAGCUAGUGGUAUUAACUAGGAAGUAUUGUGCCUGGAGGCAGCUGUGUAGAGGGCUGUUGUUUAUAGGAAAGGGUUUGGGAAGGACUGGUUAAAAUGUGGGUCAACCUGAGGCCUUCACCCUUUCUCCUGAGGCCUUGGGGCUGUGUAUUAUAUGAAUGAUGGUGUCUUUUAAGUGAACUAUUCAUCAGCAAUUAAAAUAAUUACUUCAUACAUUGUUAAGUCAGA